UAUCUUGGCCGGUUCGCACAUGGCGGAUCACGGAUGCUCACGAUCGUAAAACUUCAAGCGACUCUGGGUGUGUAACAGGAAAGCUUCGUUUUAAUGUUUUCAACCAUCAUGCUGCGCCGCGACGUUUUGCGGCUUUACAAGCAACUUCUGCGAACCGGAAGGACCUGGGCCGCCGAAAACCCGGAGAAAACCUUGGAGGAACAAUUCUACAUAAUUUCCGAAACCAAGGACAUCUUUAGAAAGAAUAAGAAUAUACAAGAUCCUCAGGUGAUCAAGGAGUGCUUGAGAGAAGGACAGUCAAGGUUGGACUUGGCGUUGCACUACCACAACCCGUACCCGAGACCCGUGAACCUGGCGCCGAGUGCAUUGUCGCCAAGCCACGCCAAGCAUCUCAAGGCCCAACAGAAAUUGUGGAAAGCAUCUAGACCCAUUUACAUCCGAUCCAUCGAUUCUGACAGCACUCCACCGGACAAGAAGUAACUCUGUUGAGUGCAUUGCGUAGAUGGCAAGUCUGUGAUGACGGCACUCUUUUUUUUUUAAUCGUUAAUUUAUUAAGCAAAUUGGAGCGUGCAGAUUGAGGAAUCGUAUGAAUGAAUUAUUGGAAUCUACAUUCCAAGCGCACCUUGACGAACGAAUGUGCCAACCCAGGUUGAUUAAUUCACGAUGCAAAUUUGUACGACGUGCAAAGAAAUAAUGGAAAGGCACUGCUGUUUGAAUGUUGUAUUAUCUGUAUUUCUUUAUUCCGCACUGUGGUCUCCAUCUUCCUCAUGAAUACUUCAUUACUUGACCUUUGCUGUUAGCACCUUGUAUGUUAGCACUUUGAAGGUGUCUUUUUCACAUAAUUAAGUCAAUAAAUAAGUUUAUUCACGAUA